GACAUUUUUCUUAUGUGAAGGCCCUGUGGAAGAAGUGAGAAGAAACAAAAAUGGAGAGAGAGAGAGACGGGAAGAAGAACCAAACUGUCCGAGGCAGGCACCCCUGUAGGUAACUCGUAAUUUGGGAAUGAAUUUUUCUGAAAAAUGGACAUCAGACACACUCCCAUGGAACGGAUUCAUGUGGAUGAUGAUGAUUCUUCCAUUACUUUCUAGACCGACAAACCAUCAGAAGAACAACGUUUUCCUUCUCAGUCCACAACCCCCAUCUCUUUAAAUCAAUUCCCACUUCCCCCCUUCUCCCCGCCGACCAUGUCUUCCCCAUCCUUUCCUUCUUCCAUGGACCCUCCCGCUCAACAGAUCCCUCUCUUACCUUCCCGUCAGCCCCCCUCCAACUCUGACGCCUCCACUUCCCCAAUCGGCCCUCUUGCCCUUCUCUUGGGUCGCGCCACUGGCCGCCGUGGAACUUCAAUGCUCGUUCGUGAGACGGCGGCACGUGAACUUGAAGAGCGCCGCAUCGAUUGGGGCUAUUCCAAGCCUGUGGUUGCCCUUGACAUUACGUGGAAUUUAGCUUUUGUUUUCGUUUCCCUGGGUGUGCUUAUUCGCUCUGUCCAUGAAAAACCCAAUACGCCAAUUCGGCUUUGGAUUGUGGUUUAUGCGGCUCAGUGCUUGGUGCACGUUGUGCUUGUGUGGUUUGAGUUUAAGAGGAGGAAUGCGAGGAGGGCUAGGGAUAUGGAGACGCAGCAACAGCAGCAGCCUGAUGGUUAUGUAACUAAUGAAAGCGAUGAAGACGAUGGUGGCCAAAGGAGUCUUUCCAGUGUUGCGAAAAGAUGUGAGUCAGUGAACACUCUGGUAUCGUUAAUUUGGUGGUUGUUUGGCUUUUAUUGGGUCGUUGCUGGUGGUAACAUCCUCAUGCAGAAUGCUCCAUCUUUAUACUGGCUGGCUGUUGUAUUCCUGGCCUUUGAUGUGUUCUUUGCAGUCUUUUGUGUUGUUUUGGCAUGUUUGAUUGGAAUUGCUCUCUGUUGCUGCUUGCCUUGCAUUAUAGCCAUUCUUUAUGCUGUUGCAGGCCAGGAAGGUGCAACCGAUGCUGAUUUAAGUAUGCUUCCUAAGUACAGAUAUCGAGUGUCCAAUGAGCCAUCUCCAGGGGAUGGGUUAAUGGUUCCAGUAGAGACUAGCAGUAGAUACUUGACGACUGAGCGCGUUCUAUUACGCGAGGAUGCGGAGUGCUGUAUAUGUCUUAGUCCGUACGAGGAUGGAGUCGAGCUUCAUGCUCUUCCCUGCAAUCACCAUUUUCAUUAUGCGUGCAUCACAAAAUGGCUGAAGAUGAAUGCAACAUGUCCUCUGUGCAAGUAUAAUAUUCUUAAGAAUAGUGAACCCGUGUAAUGCUGAAGAUGAAACGAUGCAGUGAAUUCCUGGUAUGUUUGCGAUCCUUGUACAUAUGAACCAGAUCGUGGUCUUGCUGCAUUGUGGUCUACACUCGUUGCCCUUUUUUUCUUUAAUUUUUGCUUCUAAUGGGGGGGAGUAGUUAGUUCUCUAGGCUGUUCAAAUUGUGUUUAUGCUGGUUGAUUUCCGUUGUAUUUUAUCAGUCUACUGGUUUGAUCUGUAGCAAUAAUUAUGAAUGUCUUUCUGGUCAAUGUGUUCAGAAUAACAUUUAUUAUUCAACUUCUAAAAUUCUCUACCCAGCUAUUAUAUGUUAAUAUGUGAUUUAGUUUAA